CCUGGUUGAAGAAGAACCGAGAGCUCCCCAAGCAGCAGACCCACGUCCACGCCAGCGGAGACACAUACAACGUGACCAGCAGAGUGCUUGUCCCGCUGCUGGCUGACGACGUGCUCUCCGUGGUCCAGUGCCACAUCAAUCACAAGUCCAUGCUGGUGUUCCAGAAAAACAUCAGCCUGGACCAGUACCUCCUUGUUCCCCCUACAGUGACAGCUUCCCAGGCUUCUUUCUCCUUGGACUUGGUGGCUAUUACCUGCCACGUGCAGAGAUUCUAUCCACAGAGCGUGUAUCUCACCUGGACAGAGAACUGUCAUACCUUCAAGGGAGCCGAGCAACUUACACCCAAGCAGAAUAGCGAUGGGACCUACACCUUGGAAAGCUCGCAUUUAGUGAAUGUGUCAGGGCAGGAGUCUGAGCGGGUCCUCACCUGUAAGGUGCAGCAUGAGGCACAACCUCCCAUCCAGGCCAACCUCAUACUGUCCAGAGCAGCCCAUGGCACAUACAAGCCCAUGGAAAGCUUAGGUCCACAGAUGCCUGUCCUUAUCUUUGUGGCUUUCCUUCUGGGCUUCAAGGUGCUGCUGGUGAUGAGUUUCAUAGUCACGUACAUCUGCAUGCGGCAGAACCUGUAACAGCUCAGUAGCUCUUAGUGGAAGCUGGUGCAGAAUGAGGCCACAAGCCAACCACCCCCAGGUGUCCAGAGCUCAGGAGAUGGGACAUAGCCCCCAACUGCAGAUCCUUCUUGGCCUGGGGCUCCCAAGUGGAGAAUCACCAUGAAGGCCUCAAGAUGGGGAGAGGGGCCCAGUGCAGAAAGCAGAGG